AUGGACAGCGGGAAUUGUUCCGGGACGGUGGUGGACGACAGUCCGGCUUCCAGUCCGAGCUCCAGCCCCAGUCCGGACGGCCGUCACCGCGACCUUCACCGGGCCAGAACGCUCCAGAACGGCGGGCUCGGCGGCAGAGGGCGGCCGGCGGCAGCUAACGCGGCGCGGGAGAGGAGCAGAGUGCAGACGCUGAGGACCGCAUUCCUGGAGCUCCAGAGGACUUUACCGUCUGUGCCCCCGGACACCAAGCUGUCCAAACUGGACGUCCUGAUCCUGGCCACCACCUACAUCGCCCAUUUGACUCGAACUCUGCAGGAGGAAGGGACAGAGGAGGGAGAGAGCACUAAACAAACAGAAGCGUUACAUUCUCUAAAAGGAGAAGGAUACCUGCACCCAGUCAAGAAAUGGCCGAUGCGAUCCAGAUUGUACGUUGGAGCAACCGGGCAGUUCCUGAAUCCUCCUUCAGAAUCAGAGAAUCAAGGCCCAUCAGCAUCAUCAUCAUCAUCAUCUCAGUAGAUUUAAAUCACAUAUUUAUAUUUGCAUGACUGCAGAACAAAAUCUAACUUCCAUUGAAGCCCGACAAUAGACAAUGUAUAUUAAUAUAUGACGUGAAUGUGAAUGUAUAGGUUUUUGAAAGGAGGACGAAAACAGCAUGUAUUAGGUUUCUGUGUUAUUAUUUUGCCUUUUCCUAAAUGUGCACUGUGCAGCUCCACACAUGUCCCAAGUAUGAUAUUUGCAGAACUUCCAUGGAACCCGUCAUGCUUGAGCGUGCACUUUGACCGCAGACUUUUGCACUAAAUGCAUGUGUGAAUAACUUAACAUCUGUCAUGUGAAGUGGUCUGUCAGGAAGUCCACAAUGGAAGCUCGUCAUCUCAUGUUCCCUCUUGUUCUUCUUCUUUUAUGUGCAUGGUUGUAAAUGUUUGUGAAUAAAUCACUAGAAUCAGAAA